AUGGCCACCCCUUGGAAUAUUCGUGGCUCAGGCUCUCAGUUGUUCUACCAGGACAAAAAGUCCGCCCAGUAUGCAGCCUUACUAGAAAUCUCCGCCCUCCCUCACCCUGAUCGGUCCAUCCUUGCCUUUUUUAUUAAUGAGUCUGUUGAUCCGGAGGAGGCUGGCCGUUACUUUUUACGAGUGACAUCGUCUGAGAAUAAAUUGGCCUCUACGAGCAAACUGCAGGAGUUUCUUUCUAAAUGGAAGAUUUUGACUGAGAAAUUUCGCCCAGUAGAAUCGAAUUCACUCUCUGAAGAAACUAAAUCCAUCAUUUAUAGUCGCGAUGGAGGGCGCUGUUGUGCGACCGACGUGAGUUUCACCUCCACCGCCGACAGGGAUGCAACAUUCGCCCAUGUUGUUUCUCCAUUUGUAUUUGAAGAUCAAGAGCUAUCGGAUGGCACUACUUUGUGUGAUAUGCUUGAGGUUUUCAUAGGCGAAACAUCUCUAAAGCAAUCCCGUUCACUUCUCUCACCUGUUUCUGCUGAUCUGCACUGCAACAUCUUUCUAUUACACAGAGAAGCCUUCAGUGAUUUCAAACAGGGUCAAAUUACCUUCAAACCUAGUUACAUGGAUGAGAACAAGGACCCUGCCCUGCAACAAGCUUACUUUAUUCACGAUAGAGUGCCUAACCCAAAACGCCCCAACCGACAUCACCUAAGUUCGACCAAGACGUUAGAGAAUAGAACACCCGAGAAGUCCUUAAUAAUAAGCAAGGAUUUACUUGACUUGAACAGGCGCUUUUCUCACCCAAUAGAAUGGAUUGGCAUAGGAAAAUUUAUAAACACAUCGUCUGAUGGUCCACGUAAAGCCCCGCCCUGCUUCGGCUCUACCUAUCUAGCUUCACUACUCCGCCCUAUUCGAACAUUAUGGACCUGUCUGCCCUGUUGUUUUCGUGCCUUUGUUUAUGAUAAGCUUGUAUUAAUUGGCCUGCGUUUAUACGGCCCGACUCUUUCUAUGACAGUCUACAGGUUGCCAUUCAACCUCUACUUGCGCAGGGGAUCCCCUAGGUUUGCAGAAAAAUUUGCAACGGAAGCGAAUACUCUGUCCAUGGUCAAGGAAUUUACCAGUAUUCCAGCACCUCAAGCUUUAGAUGUUUUGCAUACCUCCCAAUUUUCAUAUUUACUUAUGACUCGAGUCGCAGGCCGUCCUAUCGGCCCAAGCAUAUCAUUCAUGACUGACGAUCAAAUAAAGCAAGUUGUUUGCGAUUUAAAACAAUACGUAUCUGAGCUGAGGCAGAUACCAAAUCCAUAUAAGGAGUUCAAAAUAUGCAACUCAAAAGGGGGAGGAAUCCUAGAUUGGCGUAUACCUGACAGCCAGCGAGAGGAACUACGGUUCAAAACAGAAGCGGAUUUUAAUAAGUAUCUUACUGAUCCUUUCUGGGAUGACAUACGUCGUCAAGCUGCUAUAUCCCAUAAUAUUCAACACGACAUUGUUUUUACUCAUGGUGAUCUGAAUAUGCGAAACAUUCUUGCCGAGAAUGGCCGAGUGUCCGGUAUUAUUGAUUGGGAAAAUGCUGGAUGGUAUCCAGAAUAUUGGGAGUAUACCAAAGCACAUUACACUGUGCGUAGUGUCAUACACUGGCUUGCAGAUGUUGUUGACAGAGUUUUUGAAGGCUAUCGCGAUGAGCUGAUUGUGGAAAAUAUGUUAUCGGACCUACUUGGCCCUUUCUAA